GACUUUGCCUGAAUUCUUUACCCCUCCCGCUUCAAACCACAGCAUGACAACAUUCACUUUUUCAAGUUACAUAAAGUCUCGGACAGCGUUCACUCGGGUUCACCUCAGGAGAGACCCGGUUUUCUCGGUAACGGUUGCCGGGCAACGGGGUCCUUGCGGUGGCGGGACGGGCGGACCGACGGACUAGAGGCCGCCUGAGCUGAGGUUGUGAAAAUGGCAAAGUCAGCAAGUCGAGUAUCUUUCCUUGUGAAAUUCAUAAGAACAAAGGGGAAAGAUUCUGAGUAUUUCGCAAAAGCUUUUAAGGCAAUUAAAGAAUUUAAAUCAGAAGAAUUUCUACAAACUAUCGAUGAAGAUGAAACAUUUAGCUUAAAAGUAAAGGACAACUCACUUUAUAUAUGUGACCCAUUUGAGGGACCUGCUUAUGAUCAUCUACAAAAGCUUGGAUGUAGGAUCGUUGGUCCACAAGUAGUUAUAUUUUGUCUUCAGCAACAACGGAAUGUACCUGAAGCUAUUCAUCCUGUCUACAGCAUGGUCAUGGCUGAUGUGGUGGUUUCCUGCACCAGCUUGGAGAAGAAAACUAGAGAAGAAGUACAUCAACAAGUCCAGUUGAUGGGUGGUAGGAUCCUUCGUGACUUUAACAUCUCAGUGACUCAUCUGAUAGCUGGAGAGGUUGGAAGCAAGAAGUACCUGGUGGCUGCCAAUCUUAAAAAACCCAUUUUGCUUCCAUCCUGGGUCAAAGCAUGCUGGGAGAAAGCACGACAGAAAAUGAUUAGCCUUGCGGAUGUGAAUAUGGAGGAACACCUCUGCCCUCCAUUCCUUGGUUGCACCAUCUGUGUGACAGGACUCAGCAGCUUGGACCGACAGGAAGUGCAACGACUUACCCUGGAUAACGGGGGUCGGUACACUGGACAGCUGAAGAUGAAUGAAUGCACACAUCUCAUUGUACAAGAAGCUAAAGGUCAGAAGUAUGAAUGUGCACAAAAGUGGAAUGUAUAUUGCGUGUCUAUCCAGUGGUUUUUUGAUUCUAUUAAACUGGGUGCUUGCCAAGAUGAAAGUAAUUAUAAAGUAGAAUCAGAAAGAAAGUCUAAAGAUUUGACUCCAAACACUUCAACGCCUACAAAUAUUGAAGAUGCACUGAACCCUCGUCCUCCGUCAGAUGUGAGCCAUAUUUCCAAUAUUAGCAUGAGCUGCAUCAAUGAGUCUGCAUUCUCCUCUGCCAUGACUGCUAGGAUGGAAGUGCCUAAUGACUAUCUUGAAGCACUGGAUCUUAAUCUUUCUGAAGUUCCUGAGGAUUUGUUAGAUGGAUGUAAAAUCUAUUUAUCUGGAUUUGGUGGUAAAAAGUUGGAUAAAUUAAGACGGAUGAUUAACUCUGGAGGAGGUGUUCGAUUUAAUCAAAUCUCUGAAGAUGUUUCUCAUAUAAUUGUGGGAGAAGAAGAUAAGGAGCUGAAACAAUGUUUAAAUAAAAUGUCACACAGGCCACAUGUGGUUACAGCAAAAUGGUUGGUGGAUUGCUUUUCCAAGAAACACCUACUUCCUGUUGGGCAGUAUUUCCAUCCAAAUUACCAGCCUGCUGAUCCAAUACCAGAUCGUCUCAGCAGUAACCAAACUCAUUUGACUCUGAAUGGCAGUAAUAUGCUGAAAGCAACCACAGUCAAUCCCAAAAGACAGUCAGAAGCAGAUGAUGAUCUCCUAUUACAGUACCUAGAGAAUAACAAGACUGUGGAUGGUCCUGAAAAUGCGGAAAAAGUAGAUUGUAACUUAACUGGCAAUCUGCGCACUGCACAAAAUAAUGAGUCGGCAAACACUUCUGCAAACCAGGCAAAAUGUGCAGAGGAAGGACUAUUUCAGAAAAAGCGAUUUCUGAUACUGGGCUUUACUAAAGAAGAUGAAACGUAUAUGUCUGAAGUCAUUGAGAAAAGUGGCGGGAAGGUUCUACAGCCCCACAGCCGAGCUGUUGCGGACUAUGCUGUUGUACCUUUAUUGGGAACAUGCGUGGAUGCAACUGUGGGUGAAGUAGUUACAAAUACCUGGCUGGCAAUGUGCAUGGAUCAGCAGAAUAUUCUUCCUUCACAGUCCAAUCCCUUAUUUACUCCCAUAUCUUACAUAGAAGGAAGUAAUCCUCUGAAUAACUGUGUGCUUUCUAUUAGCCAAUUUACUGGUGUAGAACGCGAUGCACUAUUUAACAUUGCAGAAUUACUUGGAGCAAGAGUGCAGGAAUUUUUUGUUCGAAAAGCUAAUGUGAAGAAAGACAUGCUUGCCAGCACCCAUUUAAUCCUGCAAGAACCACAGGGAUCCAAGUAUGAAGCUGCCAAAAAGUGGGGUUUACCAGCUGUAUCUUCUGCUUGGCUAUUUGAAUCAGCUCGAUCAGGAAAGAAGGCUGAUGAAAGCAAAUUCUUGGUGGAAAAUUUUAAGAAGCCUGUUGAAGAAGUCCAUCAGCCUGCCACAGAUUUGUGCAAAUUACCAGAACGUUCACCUGAGCUUUCCUCAACCAAGCUAAGCACUGCUGUGACUCCACUGGAUAUUAACAGGUUCCAGAGUAAAGCCUUCCAGAUGGUUGUAUCUCAACAAAAUAAAACAGACAAAACAGAAGAAGUUGAACAACCCAUUCAGCAGAAAGAAGCUAAUUUGCGACUUGAUACACCUUCAAAAUUCCUGUGUAAGGACAAGCUCUUCAAGCCAUCCUUUGAUGUUAAGGAAGCAUUGGCAAUUCUGGAAACUCCAAAGAAUCCAAAUCAACGUAGCAGAAAGAUGAGUACUCCGCUUUCUGAAGUAAUUGGUAGGAAUUUGAAGGUGGCUUUAGCUAACAGUAGACGGAAUGCUGUAGCAUCAUCUACCACUAGCCCUCAACUUCAUGUAGUUGAGCCAGCUAAGGAAGAACCUAACAUCUUAGCAGAUGUUGUGAUUUGUGUCAGUAAGAAGCUUGGUAAGCGACAGGGUGAUCUGAAUGCAAUCGCAGCCUCCCUGGGAGCAGAUUACAGGUGGAGUUACGAUGAAACGGUAACACAUUUCAUUUACCAGGGCAGGCAGAAUGAUACCAGUCGGGAAUACAAGUCUGUCAAAGAAAAGGGCAUUCACAUUGUCUCAGAAUACUGGCUAUUUGCAUGUGCUGAUGAACAGAAGAAAGUGCCUGAAUCUCUUUAUCCUCACACGUACAAUCCCAAUAUGAGUCUGGAUAUGAAUGCAGUUCAAGAAGUCAAAGUCUCUGCUCACCACUGCCCAUCUGAAGCAAGAUCCGAGAAUGAACAGACAACUGCCCCAGUUGAUGAGCAAGUUGAUAGUGAAAGUGAGGAAAAGGCAAGUAAUGGACAAACUCUCCAGGAGGGAAAAAAUCCUCAAAAUGAAGGUUUUGGAGAUUUGACAGAAACCUCUGAAAUGAGAGAGAAUUUUCAGCGCCAGUUACAGGAAAUAAUGUCUGCGACAAGAGUGGAGAAAUCGAUUGGACACCGUGCAGCCGCGUCAAGGGGAAUUCUGGAAUACUCCCCUUCAGUUGAUGGUGCCCUUCGUGCAGGGCGUAGCAGAGCACUGGAAUCCCUCAGGUGCUCACAUCCAGCUGUAAUGGACAUCAAUACGGAACCAUCACAAAAUGAGCAGAUUAUUUGGGAUGAUCCUACAGCUAGGGAAGAGAGAGCCAAGCUGGCUAACAAUAUGCAAUGGCCUAGCAGCCCUUCUCAAUACUCCGAGCAGUUCCAGAAGAACACAGAGCAGGUGGAGGAGCAAAAUACAGGACACAGAGAAUCUUUAACUGAUUCAGAAAUGGCUGCAAUUGAAAUUCCACAUGAAGUUGUAGCAGCAAACUGUGACACUUCAAUGAAAGAUGAUCACCUCACCCCUACACCUCAAGCACCCAGUAUUGCUUUUCCACUAGCAAAACCUCUGGUGGCACCACAGCCUAAAGAACAGGUUGCUAUUGGUGAGAAUAAAGAGCCUCCUGUUAAGCGGAGAUUCCAGUUAUCAUCACUGAACCCUCAGGAACGGAUUGACUACUGCCAUCUGAUCGAGCAGCUAGGUGCAGUGGUACUUGACAGACAGUGUUUUGAUCCAUCCUGUACACACAUCAUUGUCGGACAGCCGUUGCGCAAUGAAAAAUAUUUGGCUUCUAUGGCAGCUGGGAAAUGGGUUCUUCAUCGAUCCUAUUUAGAGGCAUGCAGAACUGCUGGCAGAUUUAUCCAGGAAGAAAACUAUGAAUGGGGCAGUAGUUUCAUCCUUGAUGUGCUUCCUGGAAUUAGUCUACAGCAGAAAAAACUUGCAGUAGCUGCUAUGCGAUGGAGAAAGAAACUGGAAGUGCUAAGACAAAAGAAUGAUAGUGCUGAGAUUGGUGCAUUCAGUGGCUGGAAAGUUAUUUUAAAUUUUGAUCACACCAAGGAGGCAGGUUUCAGGAGGCUUUUGCUUUCUGGUGGAGCCAAGGUCCUUCCGAGUCAUUUGUUACCUGAAUACAAAGACGCCACUCAUCUCUUUGCUGACUUCAGCAAACUUAAAGCAGAAGACCUGAGAGUGAACUUGGCUGAGGCCAUGGAACAUAAUGUAUUGUGUCUCAAACCAGAAUACAUUGCAGACUAUCUCAUACAGGAGCGCCCCCCUCUAAUAGAGAAUUACUACCUUACUGAUGGGACAGGCAGUGGAGCUCGGAAACGGAAGCUGUCUGACGACCACAUUGAUCCAAAAAGGAGUAGAAAAACGUGAAUGACUAUUCCCCCUUACUGAUAAACUUUACAGAUAUUGCACAGCCGAGCCACAAUUGCAUCUGAGACCAGGUGAAUGUUCCUGACAGUGGCUAAAUGGCAUGGAAUGGAUUUCCGCCAUCGGGCACCUUAAUUCCAGCUGCUAAUGGGGUAAAUGUUGGAAAAUUAAAAACAUACUCUGAAAUAUUCUUCCUAAAAUUUACUGCCAAGACCACCUGAUAUUUGCUGCACAAAUGAAUAUUCAAUUACAUUUUUGUUUGUAUUUUAAAUAUAUUUGCCUAGAAAAUCUUGGUUGCUGACUGAAUUAUCUUUUAAUGUCUCUCUCUUCUUGUCUUUACUUUCUGGAGAGACCAUUCCUUCCUGAAUCACAGCCUAGUUAACUGAUGGGGUGAUAAAGUGCUAAAGAGCCAAAAAUCAUCUAAGUGAAGUAAAUUUGAUAAAUGUUGAAUAAUUUAUAUUUCCUUUUUAUCAGUUUCCAUAAUUGUUAAUAAUUUAUGUGGGUUCAUCUGUACUAAAUAGUAACAGCUGUGUGGAAAACCCAGUGGCAGAAAAAAAGUUAUCCAUAACAAAAAGUGUCCAAAUACAUCCAGCUCUUUUAUUGUAGCAACAAUUAUACAUCCAAGGCUUUAAGCUGCCAUUUGCUAUUGCCCCGUGACUUAACAAGAUUACAUGAAACAUUCAAUGCCAAUAUUGAUUACUAUAGGUUCUUGGGUAGUUUAAGCAGCUGCUUCAUGGACAAACUCUGGAUGCUUUCAAAAAAGUGAUGGAUAGAGCUCUUAAAGAUAGCGGAAUCAAAGGUUAUGGGGAUAAGGCAGGAACUGGAUACUGAUAGUGGAUGAUCAGCCAUGAUCACAGUGAAUGGUGGUGCUGGCUCGAAGGGCUGAAUGGCCUACUCCUGCACCUAUUGUCUAUUGUCUAUUAUAAACUGUUUAUACUCAUAUCAAAAUACAUUCCGCAGCUGGGGUGUCAGAUGAUACGCACUGUGGUCAUCUAACGGAAAAGUGUAGUGAACAGAGGCUGAUUCUCCAAAAGUAGUUUUGAAUAUAGUUUUGAGAGAAUUGAAAAUGUAGUUCUAAUUCUGAACAUAAUUAUUUCCAAAUAGAUGUAAACUUACUUUUGAGUAAUCUGAUGUCAGAAGUGACCAAGAUAGGCAGAAGGCUACAAGAUUAAUAAAGUUUUAAGGACCUGUGAAUUAUCUACUUGUGUAAAGGGGAAAUUAUAUGGUUGGUGCCAGAAUCUGUUGUUGGGACAGUUGAACAUUUGGGUACUUAAGAGCGAGAAUCAAUGUGGGUGUGUAGGGGAAUGAUGUGCAUAACAUUGUUAAUUGUCUAACUUUAUUGAAGUAUAUAUAAUAGAUUAUUAAUGAUAGACUGAAGAAUGUCCAAAAGUGCUUGCUGCUCUUUAAAGUUGCAAUCCCCAGUGCAUACUUAGAGGACUCUGAUGUGUGUUGAGUAAGUUGACCAUAUACUGAUCAACAGUAUGCUUCCUGUUGAUAUCACAAGCUGCUUUCUGCAGGCUAUUGACAUUUGAGUCAUUUUGGGUGGAUUGCAUUCAAACCCUGGAAAGUGAAAAGUGGAUAUGGCAGGGAUAUGUCAGUUAUUUGGGAGAAACUGGGAGCUUGGUCAAUGUACAUCAAAAGUAUUAGGCCAAAGUUCUAUCUUUUUAAUUAUUUGCCCAAAUACCAGCCUAUAAGGUGGAAGUUUUCCAAGCAGUGACCAGUUGUGAGGUACGUGUUGGACAUUUGGAAGGUGGCAAAUCACUGAGCAGUAAGCCACUCGCACAAUUAUAUCACCUACCAGGAAUAAGGGACCAACAGUUGUUCCCAGAAUUGCCUGUUGGAUGACUUGGCUGAAUAUCGGUGCUCCUCUUGAAACUUUCAGUAAUUUCCGCUUCUGGUACUGGAGUAUUCCUGUUGACGGAUUAGAAAUCAAAGGUUUCAAAGGUACAUUUAAUGUCAGAGAAAUGUAUAAAAUAUACAUUCUGAAAUUGUUUUUCUUCACAAACAUCCACGAAAAUAGAGGAGUGCCCCAAAGAAUGAAUGACAGUGAAAUGUUAGAACCCCAAAGCCCCCCCAGCUCCCCCUCCCAUGCAUAAGCAGCAACAAACCCCCCUCCCCCACCAGCAAAAAAACAUCAGCAACCCCCACCGAGCAUUCAAGAAUGCAGCAAAGCAUCAAUACAAUAAAGACACAGACUUGCAGUACCCCAAAGACUAUUCGUUCACCCAGUAAUUCAACA